CCGGCGCGCCGCAAUGGGGAGCGGACGUGUCUGCUCCGCCGUCGCGUCCCUCCUGCUACUCUAUCAUCUGGCCGUGGCCGCCGCGCAGGGCGCCUCUUCCUGGAAGACGCUUAGCGGCAAGGCGCCGGCGAUCAUAGCCAAGGGCGGAUUCUCAGGCCUGUUCCCCGACUCCAGCGAGUUCGCCUAUCAGUUCGCCAUGAUCGCUAGCUCGCCUGAUACCGUCCUCUACUGCGAUGUCCGGCUCACCAAGGAUGGCCUCGGCGUCUGCCUGCCGGACAUCAAGAUGGACAACUGCACCAACAUUGCAGAUUUCUAUGCUGAUGGUAAGAAGAGCUACCUUGUGAACGGCGAGUCGAUGACGGGAUGGUUCUCCGUCGACUACAAUGGCACCGAGCUCUCGCAAGUGUCUUUGAAGCAGGCAAUCUAUUCUCGCACCUUCAGGUUUGAUCCAAGCUUCUUUCCGUUGCUUGCUGUUGAAGAUGUGGCAUCCAAGUUCAACCCUCCUGGAAUGUGGCUCAAUGUCCAGCAUGACGGUUUCUACAGCCAGUUCAACAUGAGCAUGAGGAGAUACAUCAUUUCCGUAUCGAAGCGUGUUAUUGUUGACUAUAUCUCAUCGCCCGAGGCGAGCUUCCUCACCAGCCUCAGCGGGAGGAUUAGCAACACAACAAAGCUCCUGUACCGCUUUCUUGAUGAGACCGCCAUCGACCCAUCUACGAACCUGACCUAUGGUUCCAUGCUGGCAAAUCUUACAUUAGUCAAGACGUUUGCAUCUGGGAUACUUGUUCCAAAGACGUUUAUCUGGCCUGUUUCACCAGAUAAUUAUCUGCUACCAUACACUUCUAUCGUCGAUGAUGCUCAUAAAGCAGGCCUCGAAGUUUAUGCUGCUGAUUUUGCGAAUGACCUGAAGCUCAGUUAUAACUACAGUUAUGAUCCAUUAGCAGAAUCUCUCUCCUUCAUUGAUAAUGGUGCCUUUUCUGUUGAUGGCAUGUUGACUGAUUUCCCGGUUACGCCUUCAGAGGCCAUUGGCUGUUUUACAAAUUUAAACAAAAGCAACACAGAUCAUGGGAAACCUCUAAUUAUUUCCCACAAUGGUGCUAGUGGAGAUUACCCAGGCUGCACUGAUCUAGCUUAUCAGAAAGCAGUUGACGAUGGUGCAGAUGUCAUUGAUUGCCCUGUUCAAGUGACCAAAGAUGGCAUACCAGUAUGCAUGGGUUCCAUUAACUUAAUGGAUGGUACCAAUGUUGCAAAAUCAUCAUUUGCGUCCCAGAUAGCAGUAAUGAAAAAUAUUCAGAGUGUGCUUGGAGUCUUUACUUUCAACCUCACUUGGGAUGAGAUCGUGAAAAAUCUACAACCAAAAAUAUCUACCCCAUUUAGCACCUUCACUUUGGACAGAAAUCCGAGGUAUAUGAAUGCAGGAAAUUUCAUGAGAUUAUCAGACUUUCUGAAUUUCUCUAAAGAUAAGGAUUUAUCUGGAAUCAUGAUUAGCGUAGAGUAUGCUGCUUUCAUGGCAGAGGAGCUCGGAUUUGACAUGGUUGAUGCAGUUAUCAAAGCGCUCGACGAUUCAGGUUACAACAACCAAACUGCCCAGAAAGUUAUGAUUCAGUCAACCAACAGCUCGGUUCUGGAGAAGUUCAAGGAGCAAACAAAGUACGAUCUUGUUUACAUGGUCAAUGAGGAUAUCAGUGGUGUCGCAUCUUCCUCCCUCGACGACAUCAAAACGUUUGCUAAUGCCGUAUCUGUCGAAACCGGCUCUGUUUUCCCUGAGAACCACCAGUUCACGACACACUCCACAGAUAUUGUCCAGUCCCUGCAGGCCGCUGGUCUCUCGGUCUACGCCUAUACUCUCAUGAACGAGUUUGUUUCUCAGCCGUACGACUUCUUCUCAGACCCGACUGCACAGAUCAAUGCAUAUGUCCGGGGCAUGGGAGUGGAUGGGCUGAUUACUGAUUACCCUGCAACAGCACGGAGAUACAAAUCGAACAAGUGCAUGAACAUGGGGAAGAAAACACCAACCUUCAUGUCCCCUGCUCGUCCUGGCGAUCUUCUGCAGAUCAUCAGUAAACCAGCGCAGCCACCAGCAUUGGCCCCGAUGCCGCUUCUGACGGAAUCUGAUGUGUCGGAGCCACCCCUACCUGCCGCCAGAUUGAACAAUGCUAGUACAGCUCCAGCACCUUCCUUCGCGUGCAAGAUGCAGAAUCCUAUCCCAAUCCUUGUCACAUUGGCAACGCUUUGCGCCUCCGUCCUGCUCUGAGAUCGCGAGGCGACACGCCACGCUAGAGAUGAGCAACCGCGGAUCUACUAAUCCGAUGUUUUGUUCAUUUUUUUCCUUGGGUGAUUAAUUGGUUCUUCUGUAAUUUUUUGCGGUGUGGGGUUGUCCCUAUGACACUUGUCCCUAGUGAUUAUGAGUACAUAUGUGUUGGAAUAUAUUGUCCUGGACCGAGUGUUAGAUGGUGCAGUUCUCCACAAUCUGAAUUUCUGAGGCA